CCUGCGGCCAUCAUCCCAGACACCAGAACCAGACGCGACCUCCAGUCCAACCCCCAAACGCGACGAGGACACCCUCGACGCGACAGAGGAUAAAGUGACCACGCCAAGAUCGAGAGAUCAGUCGGCAGCAGCGUCACCAGCACCAAAUUCUGAGAGAACCAUGUCCGGAAGAACAAGAAGGGGGACACUCUCCUGGCAGCAACGUCCUGGAUCGAGAGAUCUAAAUCUAAGAUCAGGGUUGUCUUCGCCCACUCGUGAAAGCAGCUUGAAGCUCGGCGCCGCCAUUGGAGGAGAGGAGCCGGAGAUGUCAAAGAGCCAGGCUGCGUCCUCACCGGUGUCAAAGGACCCCUCCUGGUUUCGUCAGACGGCGGACGGUGAGAUGGGAUCGCCAGCCCUACGAAAAAGCCCCGAAGACGCGACGUCAGAUACAGCCUCGAUCAGCGGCAAUACAAGACUACCGGGAUUGGGCCAGGAGGAGUCUACUACUACGGAGCCAGAGAAGGACAUGGGAGAGGAUAGAUCGCGGUCGCCAUCGAGAGCAAGCUCGACCUUUGGAACCAACAGCGUGGGCAAUCGCUAUUCCAGCGUUUCCUCAGUGUCCACCGCAGGAGGACUGGGUUCACCCUUCGCUUUAUCGAACCCUCCGAAGCUGGAAGCGCGACAGGCGGAAUCAUCACCCCCAGAAAGUCCAGUUCUUCCCUUGUCGCCGUCCCAGCGACGUGGUUCCCCUGAGCGGCCCGUAUCGCCGACUAAGGGGUUGGGUGGGUUCGUUCAAAGCGCCAUGAUGAGACGCUCGGACAGUGUUACGAAGCGAUGGAGCGCCCAAGCCUCUCCGGGACUGAACAGGGGGAACUCCACCAUGAGCACCCGGAGCGGCUUUGGAUCUGCCUCUUUGGGCGACUCCAAUUUGUCCACUACGGAGCCCAAAUUCGUUCGUGAGAGCUCUCCGCUCUCAACAUCGCGUCCGGGCUCGAGCCAUAGUGAGGCAACAGUUGUCCACCAGAUGAAGGGCACCGAUCGACCCGGAACGUCGGAAGGCAGUAAAGGCGAGUCAACCGCCAACGAAGGCUUCGUUAAGCCAUUCUUCCCGUCGCAUUCCAGAUCGUCCUCCAAGGUGGAGAGCCUUCCUUCUCUGUCUCCCAGGAGCCCUUCGCCUACAAAGUCCAUAGACCCUAAGCGCUGGAGUCCCACUAAGGCAUCGUGGCUAGAAAGUGCACUUAAUCGACCAGAGACUCCCAAGCAGCCGAGGGCUUCUACGACGGCGCAACCCCCGGCUUGGUUAAAAGAACUCAACCAGAACCGGCGGUCGAGGGGUAGUGUGGACCUCGGAAGACCUAGCAGCAGUCUCAAAGAUGUGACGCCGACCGGUCUUCAGCGCUCCCCUGCUCCAGGGAGCCACUACAAAAAACCAAGCAUUAGCGGAAUCUCAGAGACCCUCAAUAACCCCGAAGGAAAUAAGACUAAGGAACUAGAAGCCAAGCCAGCGGCGGAUAAGGACACUGACGUACCGUCCCCCGGAAGCCAGGAGGAACCUCCAAAGGAAUCCCCGCAAAAGCCGGAAGACAAAGACACCCAGGGAGAAGAAGCCUCGAAACCCCCAAAGGAUGCCACUCCGCCGCCCAGGCCCUCUCCACCUGCGCUUUCGUCGAAGCCAGGUUCUUUGUCAGGUUCUUUGUCAGGUCCUUCAGGUCUGGAGGCCCUCUCACCUAAGCCCAAGCAACAAUCACCGGCGAUGGAUUUCAGAGCCAAUUUACGGCGACGAGAGCUCCCUUCUGACAAGCCGGCUCAGGAGGAGCCAGAAUUCAAAAAUGUUUUCGGGAAGUUACGAAAGGCGGAGACCAAGAAUUAUGUCCCUCCGGACGAGCUCAAGGAUAAUAUCCUGAGGGGUAAAGCAGGUCUAAACAAUACGGGGGGCUUCAAGAAGGCGCCCAGGGUCGAUCCACUGAAGGAAAGUAUCAUCAAGCAGAAAGAAGCGAUGAAAGCAAGCGGCGGGUCUUUGCGACGAUCAGCCACUGGAGACAAGGAAUUACCUGCGCCAGAACCGACUGUACCGGAAGCCAUAGCGAGACGGAAUAAUUUAUCCAGAUCUGAUAGCUCUCAUAGCAAUAUUUCCAGCGGUCUAUCUUCGCCUGCCUUCGACCGACGCGGGUCCACCCAAUCCACCCAGUCCACCCAGUCCUGGCGAGAACGUCCGUCAUCUGCGACCGAACAAAGCAACCAUAGUCAAGAACUGAAGUCCCCGGGAGCUGCGUCGACAAGGGCGGUCUUAGAUGCGACAAAUGUAGAAACCGCUGAAGAAGGCAAGGAUGCGAGCCCUCGAGCAGAGUCAGGUGCUGCGGAGGCGGAUGUGAAGAAGAAGGACUCGAGUGAGGAGACAAUCCAAUCGGUUCGUGCUUUGCCAUCGAGGAAUGAAGCGGGAGCUGCCAAGGUGGCUGCUGCAACUCAAGGGCUUGCUACUAAAGGAACCCUCGCAGACCGAAUAAACCCUGCCCUAGCCGGUUUCCUAUCUCGAGGUCCACCAGGCGCGGGUGCAGAAAGAUCGAGUGUGGCCUCUACAGAACCUGCUCCUACUUCGUCGUCGCAGCAGGGAGGAUCGACUUCUUCGGCACCACUGACGCAUAUGACGAAAGGUCGUGCGAGAGGACCCAAGAGAAGGUUGCCUAAAACUUCUGAAGCCACCACUACUAGCGGUCCUACCAAUGGUCCUCCUCCAGAAGAAGACAAGCCGGCGCCAACUAAGCGGGUGUCUGCGCUGGUGGAAGCAAAGAGACAGUCAUUCACUUCUCGUCCCACCGAUAAGGAUGCUGGUUGGCCGCUCCCCAAGCCAUUGGCGUCAAGGGAUUCGUUCAAAGAGCGAGUGCCUGAGUCGCCGCCGCGGAAAGCAACUGAUGAACGGCCGAAACCAGCGGUAGCGACCAAAUCUCCCGAGUUGAGAAAGGCCUCGUUUCCAACAGCGGCAUCUAACUUAACACAAGAACCAAAACAAGAUGCUGUAGAUCAGGAUGGUGAACUGCUUCCUUCGAAGCGCUAUGACGAGGCGGCAGAGGGGCGUUCCUCCCAGGUCUUUGUUGCCUCCACAUCCCAAGAGAAACCCGAAGAGAAGCCUGAAGUGAAGCCUCAGGAGAAGCCUCAGGACAAACCUCAGGAGAAGCGUGAAGAAAAGGACGAUCCCACGCAUGGUCAACCGCCGGUACCCCCGCCGAAGUCUGUAGGACUGCCUUUUGUUUCCGCUAUCACUCCUCAAAAUGGCCAGUCGAAAUCUCCUACGUAUCCCACUCCGUCUCCCAAGCCGCUUGUCACCAGCUUUGAAAGCCGGCUUGAGCCAUGGAAGAGCCGGGAGCAGAAGUCAGAUGUUGGCCUUGGGAUUGUAGGGGGUGAUGUGAGCCCAAAGUCACCACAGAACAAGGCUUUGCCGUCCUUGCCUGUGCCGCCGAAGAAGGCCGCCUUGACCCUCGGGAUAUCCAUCGACACCGAUGUCGAUCCCAACCGAAGACCAUCCUUGACGUCGCCCAUCCCGCGGACGACAGAAUCUACGGAGACCAUUCAUCGUUUCUUCGAGACUUUCCCGAAACCCAGCGACAGGGUAGACAUUGAUCCGCAGACGGUUCUCAACUCACGAGAGCGUCCGAAGAUCCGGACGCUGAGAAAGCAAAUUUGGGAGAUUACUGGUGAUGGGAAGAAGCAGGACUUGCCUGUCAACCAGGAGUACAUCCUGUACGAGGGUAGCAUGUACUUGUGUGUCCACGUAUUCGAGGCCUACGAUGCAACUAAGUCUGAGGUCCAUCUGUGGUGUGGAGAUGACGUCGGAGAAGCGGCCAUUGAAGAUGCGCAGUUGUUCGCUCGCAAGGUCGCACGGGAUCAUAGUUGCAAGCUCGAGCUUAUGCUGCAAGGCAAGGAGACUGCCAAUUUCAUCCAGGCUCUGGGAGGCAUCAUCAUCACUCGCCGGGGAUCGAGCUCGCGCUCGAGUUCGUCUGCGCUGUAUAUGCUCUGCGGACGGAGACACCUUGGCCAGAUCGUCUUUGACGAAGUGGACUUCUCCCGCAAGAAUCUGUGCUCGGGUUAUCCGUUUGUCAUCUCUGCACGAUUUGGCAAGCUUUAUCUGUGGAAGGGACAGGGAAGCGGUGCGGACGAGAUCGGCGGCGCUCGAUUGAUCGGAAUGGACCUUGGCCUUACGGGAGAGAUUGAAGAGGUGGACGAGGGCAAGGAACCCAGCAGCUUCUUUGAGAUCUUCCCUGACCACAAGGAAACGGCCUCGUACCUGACUGCAGACCACUGGAGCCUGAAACCGAAGUACGGACAAUACUAUUACCGGCUUUUGCGGGUGGACCACGAGCUGGGCCAGCGGACAGGCUUCUGGAGCCGCCGAAGCUCAUCAUCCCCGAUCACUCGACCCAACGACGUUGUACAGGAGAUUGAACCGUUCUGCCAGAAAGAUAUUACUCCCCAAGGCAUCUACAUCCUUGAUGCCUUCUUCGAGCUUUAUGUGUAAGUAUCCUCUGAUUCCUAAUGAGUCAUGUUCCACUGCUAACCGUUUCCUGUGCAGGAUCGUGGGUGAACAUGCGUCGUCCCGGUCA